AUGAAAUCCACAGUAAAUAUAUCUAGUAUCCAAAAUAUAGACUAUACAGACUCUACAAAGCAUACACAUGGAAGCUUAAGUUAUAAUUUAGUAAAGGGUAUGAAUAGUAAUUCUAACAUAUUACAAGAUUAUGAUGAGGCCACUAUACCAGCAAAUAGUUGGGAUGAAGUACAAGAGGACUAUAGGCCAGGUGGGUAUCAUCCAGUAUAUGUUGGAGAGAUAUAUAAUACGAAAUAUUUGAUUGUUUCAAAAUUGGGAUGGGGUCACUUCUCUACUGUUUGGUUGGCUGUUAACUUAUCUAGUAAACCACUACAUUAUGUUGCACUCAAAUUUCAGAAAGGUGCCCCUGAAUACAAAGAAGCAGCAUAUGAUGAAAUAAAUAUAUUGACUGUAAUUAGGAAAAAUAAAGAAAAUGAAGAGUGGAAUAGUAAUUUAGAAACAAUUUAUGAAAUAUAUAAAGAGGAAUAUUUGAAACCUAAAUCAAGUAAUUUUACCGGUGUGGUUGAUUAUAUAGACUCUUUUGAAGUUAGUGGCCCUAAUGGACAUCAUGUUUGUAUGGUAUUUGAGGUAAUGGGACCAAAUAUUUUACAUUUGGUUAGUUUAUAUAAAUACAAGGGAAUACCAAUAGAUCUUGUUCGAAAGAUUGCAGUACAUAUAUUGAUUGGAUUAGACUAUUUACAUAGAAUUUGUGGUGUUAUACAUACAGAUAUUAAGCCUGAAAAUAUAGUUGUAUCAAGUGAUUCACUUCCAAUGAUACCAAUUAAUGAAGUUAAUAAAGAAGAUCCUGAAUUAUACUUGGUAAAUACAGAGAAUAAUAGACCUGGAGAACAAUUUGAAAUGAGUAGACCUAUGAAUGCAAAAGAAAGGAGAAAACUACGAAGAAAGAAUCGUAGGAAACUCAAACAAAUAAUGAAGAAUUCUAAAGAUAACUGUUCUAUAAAUUGUCAAGGUAAUGAGAUAUACUUUGCAGAUUCUGGUGCAGAUAAAACUGAGAAUUUGAAGGGUCAAUCAGUUUUAUCUGAAGAAAGUAAGGAAAUAUCUGAAAAAGGUCUUCAAAAUAAACUAGAUUAUAAUAGACGACUUGCUACUCCUCCUUUUAUUCGUCUCCACUUAAAACCAAUGCCCUCAGAUCCCACAUGUAUUAGUUACUAUCAAAUUAAAUAUAAUGCUACAGUGGGUAGAAAUUUUAAUAAUCAAGUAUACUCUGAUCAAAUGGAUAUUUCUGAUAUUUUAACUUCAACAACUCAAUUUCCUAUGAUACAACGUCCUUAUCAUUAUCAUUUAUAUGAAGCAUAUCAUCCACAUCAAUAUAUUGGCGAAGAUGAACAACGUUAUACUCACUUACUACCUCUAUCCCAAUGGAAUAAACAAUAUAUAGAAACUGAUAAUGAUUUUAAUGGAUAUGGGAAAGAAAAUAUCUCAAUAAAUUCAUGCAAGACUUUGGAUCAGAAAACAAUAAAAUAUAAAGGUUUUAUGGAAUAUAUUGGGAAUUUAAUACGUGAAAGUAGCAAUAAUCCGAAUCUAUUCUCUAGUAAUACAUCAGAAUAUCGGAUAGUAGAUUUAGGGAAUUCAUGUUGGAUUAAUAAGCAUUUUAGUGAUGAUAUACAAACUAGGCAAUAUCGAAGUCCAGAAGUUAUUGUUGGAUCUGGAUAUGACAAUACUGCAGAUAUAUGGAGUUUUGGAUGCACAAUAUUUGAAUUAUUAACUGGUGAUUUAUUAUUCACACCAAAAUCUACAGCACACUUUUCUUGUGAUGAUGAUCAUUUAGCCCAAAUGAUCGAGCUUUUGGGUGAUUUUCCAACUUCUCUAAUAACAAAAGGUAAAAAAUCUAAAAAGUUUUUUACGAAACAUCAUAAAUUACAAAGGAUAACAAAAUUACAAUUUUGGGAUUUAGAGUCUGUUCUUGUAAAUAAAUAUCGCAUUCCAAAACCAGAAGCUCAUAAUUUUUCAUUAUUUUUACUUCCAUUUUUAUCUUUGGAUCCAUGUUCUAGACCUAAAGCUUAUGAUAUGUUAAACCAUCCAUGGUUAAAAUUAAGGGGUAUGAGCACUGACUAUUUGGAGAAUAUGUUGGCUAAAGUAGAAAGACCUUUACAGUUUACAAUAGAGGAUACAGUUAUCAGAGAUAUUCAACAGUUGCAUAUUGGUGACAAAGAAGAGUUGACAAAUAAUAGACCUAUAUCUAUACAACAGGAAUUAGCUGAUUGGUUCAUAUCCUUUAAACAAAAUCUCAAUAAAAUAUCCAAUUAG